AGUUUGAGAUCUCUGCAAACAUACUUCUAGGUUGUUCUAGACCCACGCCGUACAUCCCGACGUCUGAAUGUGGCGUGUCAGACCAGUCACAGGUCACAGCAUUCGCCACGAUUUUCCUUGCACAAGCCUGUAGCUUCCCGAGAUAUCCGGUUCACCUACUCGUUAUCCUACACUGGGCCUUGCAUCACAGUGGUCUAGACCUCCGACGCACCUGUUCCAUCAGCCACCAAGCAGCCACAACCAUUCCACUUUUGUUCACCUAUGGUAGCUCACUGCGUAUCUCCAAGACUUCCGCUCCGCUACUCUGAUCGCCACCAUGACGGAGCCUGUCGAUGUCAACGAUUCUGUUCAGCCCACGCCAGUACAAACCCAAAACGAUCUUAGCCAGAACGUUGGUACAGACACUAUACCUGGCCAAACCACUAGAUCUCCUACGUCAGGAACAGCACGCAAAUAUCUGACCUUGGAACCUCUGAAGAAACUCGAUCUGCCUCAUCACCCGUCAUAUGAUAAUGCUAAUUCAGAUCAUCGUGUCAGCUUAGCCAAGUUCCUCGAAAGUGUUUUCAAAGAAGUGCAAGGAAUUGACUUCGACGAAGGGUUCGAAAAGCGCGGGACUUGGAGCCCCGAAACUGGACAUGUGAUGAUGCCGCCACUGAAUGCUACAGGGAGCAGCGACAUGGUUCCAGUUCCAAUCUCGGUUGAGAAACGCAUCAAAGACGUGAACCAAGCCAGUUGGAUGGUUAGAACUUCUACCCACAGCGACAGUCAUGUCAAGUUCUCUGAGUUGGGUGAUCUUUUGGCAAGAGAUCACAGCCGGAAUGAAGCUGCAUAUACUCCGAGCGUUUUCGACGCUGUCGAGCUGUUGAGAUGGGAUCCUGAAGAAGCGUUGAGAGCCGUGCAUCACCAAGAGGAGAUCCAUAGCGUGGAAAUGUUCAUAUCGCAAAUGUUCCAUAUGAUGCCCAAAGUUGCCGGACUGAGUUUACUACAAGAUCGCGUAUUUCAUGCGUUAAUAAUCACGAUGAACACGUACAAAACAGGGAGUCUCUCCGAGCUCGCUUUGUCUUUGACAGUCCAGCUUCCGAUCGAUUAUGCAUCCUUUGAAGAUGUUAAGGUCAUGCAAGAGAGGAGUCGAAUGAAGACGAAAGGAUCUUCGCAAAUCUAUCAAUUCCCGUCGAGCGCCGGGUCUGGAUCAACACCUGACGCGAACCAGAAGCAGCGUCAGGGGAAGAAGCUGACAGAAGGUACCUACGUCUCGUUGGAGAGGCUCAUUAGCGCAUCGGCAGUACCCAUCGAUGGAGACGUUGCACAACAAGCAGAGUCUUCUGAUAGCAACCGCCAUCGUUGGGAUAUGAUGACGUUGAGUACGGCGGGGGGCAUGACAAAAAAGGCACCAAAGGGUAUCCAGCAGAAGGAAACAUUGGAGGCGAUCGCGAUGGACGUGGAGUAUGUUCUGUCGUAUAUCGCGGAUCAAAGACGGAAGGGCAGGACUUGAAUGGUGAUGGCUGUGAAGGAAUCAUGUCACAUGAGGUAAAGCGAAGCGGGGAUGAAGCGCGGCGUGCAGAUCAUCGCGUGGCUGUGACACCAUUCCACUUUCUGCACACUUGGACUCCAGCUUUCAGCCUUAUGCCGGGGAAACGAGGCCCAGUUUGAUGUAUCUUAGUAUCGCCUACUUGUACUUAUUCCCUACAUCA